AUGAACUUCUCUACGAUUUUUCUUCUAUUACUAACUAUUGUUCUUGGGAAAGCGUUUAAAUUGGAUAAGAAAAAGCUGGCCGGAUCGGCUUCGAAAAAAGCACUCAAAACAGUGAUUGAGAACAGUCUUCCAGAAUUAAAUGCACCAGAAAAGCCACACCUCUUCUCAUGCGAUCCCCUAGAAAACUACGACAAAUCGGUGUGGCAUUGUGGAAAUGGUUUCUUCUCUCAUCACUCUUCUCGCAUCGUUGCCAUGCUCACUUUUGACAAAAAAAGUAUCAACUAUUGCUGUGCCGAAUUCAGCUAUUAUAUUGAUUGUGGAGCUGAGAAGAAAGAAAUCCAUUGGACUUUUCAACAAUGUCUACAGAAACGCGGCAAUUUCAUCACUCGAAACCUCAUCGGACCGUUGAUCAGCAAUUUAGCGAUGGUUUUUGGA